CGGAGACCCGGGAAGACUUCCCGGAGGCGGCCGGGAACCGCGUUCAGAGUAGUCGAGGAAAGGGCCGUGAGCACCGAGGGGCGGCCCUGCCGGCCCAGAGCACGUGUCCGGUCUCCAGCUGCCCGUCCACGAGCGUAGACCUGCCCCGGGCGCCUGGAGCGGGGAAAGGGCCUGACAUGCCCUAGAGCCGGGGGCUGGAACAGCGCUCUGAGCCGCCCGCCCCUGCCCACCAUGGCCUCUGCCGAUGAGAAUGGGGAAAGCGGCCCCGUGUCCAGCAGCCGCCUGCAGAGCCGGAAGCCUCCCAACCUGUCCAUCACCAUCCCCCCGCCCGAGACCCCGGCCCCCAGCGAGCUGGCCAGCAUGCUGGCCCAGAGGCCCAGGAACCCCGCCUACGUGAAGAGCGUCAGCCUGCAGGAGCCGCGGGGACGAUGGCAGGAGGGCAGCUCGGAGAAGCCCCCUGGCAUCCGGCGCCAGGCCUCCCUGUCCCAGAGCAUCCGCAAGGGCACGGCGCAGUGGUUCGGGGUCAGCGGCGACUGGGAGGCCAAGCGGCAGCACUGGCAGCGCCGGAGCCUGCAGCACUGUGCCGUGCGCUACGGCCGGCUCAAGGCCUCGUGCCAGAGGGACCUGGAGCUGCCCAGCCAGGAGGCGCUGUCCUUCCAGGGCACCGAGUCUCCGAAACCCUGCAGGAUGCCCAAGAUCGUGGACCCGCUGGCCCGAGGCCGGGCGUUCCGCCACCCGGACGAGGUGGACCGGGCCCACGCCCCGCACCCGCCGCCCACCCCGGGGGUCCUGUCCCUCACCUCCUUCACCAGCGUGCGCUCCGGCUACUCCCACCUGCCCCGCCGCAAGAGGAUGUCGGUGGCUCACAUGAGCUUUCAGGCCGCUGCUGCCCUCUUCAAGGGGCGCUCGGUGCUGGACACCACGGGACAGCGGUGCCGCGUGGUCAAGCGCAGCUUCGCCUACCCCAGCUUCCUGGAAGAGGACGCGGUCGACGGCGCCGACACAUUUGACUCCUCGUUCUUUAGUAAGGAGGAGAUGAGCUCCAUGCCCGAUGAUGUGUUUGAGUCUCCCCCACUCUCUGCCAGCUACUUCCGGGGGAUCCCACGCUCUGCCUCCCCCGUGACCCCCGAUGGGGUGCAGCUCCCCCUGCGCCAGUGCAAAGGCUCCUGGGCUCCCGGGGAGGCCGAGGCGGGAGGCAGCGGUCGGGGCACAGGCGAGAGGGGUGCGGGCUCUGCCACCCUCCGCAGGCCCUACUUCACCUACUGGCUCACCUUCGUCCACGUCAUCAUCACGCUGCUGGUCAUCUGCACGUACGGCAUCGCCCCUGUGGGCUUUGCCCAGCACGUCACCACCCAGCUGGUGCUCAGGAACAAGGGUGUGUACGAGAGCGUGAAGUACAUUCAGCAGGAAAACUUCUGGAUCGGCCCGAGCUCGAUCGACCUGAUCCACCUGGGGGCCAAGUUCGCGCCCUGCAUCCGCAAGGACCGGCAGAUCGAGCAGCUGGUGCGCCGGGAGCGAGCCCUGGAGCGGGACUCGGGCUGCUGCGUGCAGAAUGACCACUCGGGCUGCAUCCAGACGCAGCGCAAGGACUGCUCGGAGACCUUGGCCACUUUUGUCAAGUGGCAGGACGACACGGGGCCCCCCAUGGACAAGUCCGACGUGGGCCAGAAGCGGACUUCUGGGGCCGUGUGCCACCAGGACCCCAGAACCUGUGAGGAGCCAGCCUCCAGCGGCGCCCACAUCUGGCCCGAUGACAUCACCAAGUGGCCGAUCUGCACGGAGCAGGCGGGGAGCAACCACACCGGCUUCCAGCACAUGGACUGCCAGAUCCGGGGCCGCCCCUGCUGCAUCGGCACCAAGGGCAGCUGUGAGAUCACCACACGGGAGUACUGUGAGUUCAUGCACGGCUAUUUCCACGAGGAGGCCACGCUCUGCUCCCAGGUGCACUGUUUGGACAAGGUGUGCGGGCUGCUGCCCUUCCUGAACCCCGAGGCCCCCGACCAGUUCUACCGCCUCUGGCUGUCCCUGUUCCUCCACGCCGGCCUGGUGCACUGCCUCGUGUCCGUGGUCUUCCAAAUGACCAUCUUGCGGGACCUGGAGAAGCUGGCCGGCUGGCACCGCAUCGCCAUCAUCUUCAUCCUCAGCGGCAUCACUGGCAACCUCGCCAGCGCCAUCUUCCUCCCGUACCGGGCAGAGGUAGAGCCAUCCCUCAGGCCGCCGCGC